UCAGGGCCACAUCUUAUAAAGAGUUAUGAUUGAUCCGAUCGACCACAACUGUAUGGAAAUACAUCAAUGUCAACAUUUUUUGUACAGGAAAUUUGCACAUUGUCCACACAGAGAAACGCCCUGAAACUUUAAGAAAAUUACGAAUGUAUGAAUAUACAUCAUGGUGAGAAAAUGUUUUGAACAAGCAUGCAGUUUAGAUGUUGACGUUGCUGGCUUUCCAUAGUUGUGGUUGAUCGGAAUAAUGAUAGCUCUAUGUAUUAGACGAGGCCCAGAUCUCCCCCACCCCCCUCUCUACUGAUGUCUCUCAUCUACUCUCAUCUCUGGAAGGGAAUGGGGACAUCCCUUGGCUAGUGAAAUCAAAUUAGGCUGAUGGAUGGCUAUAUAAGCACUGAUGGGACCAAUAGGAUGCCCCAAUAUCUACAAUUGACCUUUUGGGGAAAUAAGAAGCAAGAACAAAAUAAACAUGGACACAUACAUACAUGUAUAUAUAAAAUAUGAUAAGCAAUAGCCUGGGAUCUGAGCUAUAACUUUUAUUAUGAUACUAUAUCCUAUUAAUUGCUCAUUUCUUUCACAACUGAUUGAAAUAUUUUUCUGUAACCACAACUACAUGUACUGUGGAUCGUUUGUAUUCACUUCAUAUUAGUGGUACAAAUAUUGGCCAUUUAAUAUCUAGGCCUGUACAUGUAAUUGAUGCAGUCUAUAUUUUCCCUGGAUGACAUGUCAUUGCUUUUGGGUUACAUAGUCAUGUGACUUGUCUGUAAUUGGUUUAGGGUUACAUACAAGGCUAUUGAUAUAAGACUAAUUGAGAUGCAGAGUUCAACUGAUUUAUAAGCUAGUGAUUGCUCAGGGUAUGUGUUAGAAGAAACAUCAGUACAUAUAAAAACUAAGACUGUGGUUCAUGUUAAAAAACUGAAAAGUUACUCUGGUUUGAUGCAUAGAAGUAAAAGUCUAUCACUGUUCGGCAUUGAAAUUUGCUGUGGACCUUGGCCCGAUCUACCUCUGUGUGUGUUGUAGGCUUCAUAAAUGUUCCACAGAUUCAACAUCCAAUUACUACACAUGCAUAGACAUUCAUCACAAGUCUAACUAAAGACCAAACGGCAAUUGGAUCAACAUGGGUGCAGCCCAUGUGGACCUAGACUACAAGUAUCAGAGAUAUAGACCAACUGCCUGUAGACCAAUUGAACAUAAACCAAGUAUGGAAUCAAACGCGAGUAUCGAACUGCAUACCCCCUGCCCACUUGCCCGUUGGUGAAGCCAGGCUGGUAUGUAGACCUAGUGACCUACAUAGGCCUAAAAUGAUUAAGGGGAGUUCCCCACCUAUUGAAUCAAUAUGCGAUUUAUACCUAUAUAUCAGAGUCUUGAGAUACAUGUCGCCCAUGUAGACGAUCCACUUUAUACACCAGACUCAUUGUAGCUUUGAUGUUUGACACCGUUCUCACUACUGUCCUAAAACUAGUUUACUGGAAACUAGCUUUAAGUGGAAACUAGUCUAACGUGUAACGAGAACGGUCAAAGCGGUCUUGGAAGCAAUCUUCCGAACCGGUUCGAAAACCACCUGUAGUUUUCAGGAUCGCUUUGCCUCAUUGAACUGGUUUUAGCGUAAGUGAGGACACAACCGUUUUUCAGGAAGCGAUCUUCACACAUUUCGAGUGCGCUACUCCGCACACUGUGUGUAAAAUGUCUACGCUGCGGUUUCGAAUUUCGCUUAAAACAUGUCGUUCCUACUGAGAGCGUUCCCAAAGCAACAAGACCACUUUAUGUGAAGUGGUUUUGAAAACCACUUUUGGCUGAUCAAAUGGGAACACUAGCAAAGCGAUCUUCCAAACUGGUUUCUUGAACCUAUUUUCAAUAAACUAGUUUUAAAAAGUAUAAUGAGAACAGUGUCUUUGUCUCAUUUCAGACUUGGUCCAACAAGUCAAAUAUAAGAAUUGAUCAGAAACCCUUAAUUACAGAAUUCAAAUGAAACUCAUCCAGAAAACAUGGAUUGUUAUACCUUAACUUCCAAUUAAUUAUGCUACACCCCAGUCCCCCCCCCCACCAAAAAAAUAAAUAAAUAAAGUACAUGUACAGUAUAUAUGUCAUUAUUCCAAUCUAAUAUCAAAUUAUAUGAAAGUACAUGCCCUAAAAGCAGUUAGCUGGAAUUCAAAAUUGUGUUUUACUUUUAUUUUGAGAUUUUAAAGGAAAAUUUAUUUUGGUCGGGUGCCACAUAAAAGUAAAAAUAUCUGCAAUUUUCAUUUUUUGAUAUCAAACCAAUUCUUAAGCAAAGAAUGGGCUGAAAAUUUCAAGAUAUAAUCUGAUAUAUAUUUCUCAAAUCCAACCACUGUGUAAAGAUGUGCUCAAAGAACACUAUUCAAUGAAAAAAAAUUCAAAUUUUUCCAAGAGAGUAAUAAUCAACUUGUGAUAUAAAGAAAUUGAAAUGUUGUGUUCCAAAUAGAGAGUCAUGGGUUUUAACUUUCCUUCAACAAAUUUUUUUCUUCACUUUUUGCAGUAUUUAAAGCGCUUGAGAUGGAUGGGUACCUGUCAUGAUCGUUUCCUAUAUCAAGGAGCAUUGGAAAAAGCCCAAACUAAAGCCAGGUGGGUGUUUCAUAAAGCUGUUCGUAAGGUUACGAACGACUUUACGCACGACUGGAACCUGUUCUUGGGUCAUAACUCAAUUACAUAGGGAUAUCAGAUAGCACAAGAAAGGAUCACCAGUCGUGCGUAAAGUCAUUCGUAUCUUACGAACAGCUUUAUGAAACACCCACAGGUAAUAAUAACAGUGCACCUAGAGACAGAUAAUUUUGAAAUAGGCUUGGCAGUUGGCGCUAUACAAAUGUCUAUUAUUAUUAUUAUAAUCAUCAUCAACCAAUGAAUAAAUUAUCUAAGAAAUAUGAAGGUUAUUUUACCUGCAUUGUUGGUCAACCAAAGUCAAUUUCAAUAGAAACCUAUUAAUCAAGUCCAGUUCCAUUAUAUUUCCAUUACGAUAACGACGCAUGUAAAUGCACAGUAACGCUUCAUCUAUUAUGAGAGAAAUAAUUUGUUUACGUAGUGGAACCUUUAAAAUAUUAAUACUACAACGAGGAUGAUAAAUCGCAUAACAAACGCCAGUUCUGCCAUUCCUCUGCAUCCUAUACAGGUGUAUAUUGUACACUUGGAAAUCUUCUCCAACAUCUUCAUCACAAAUAAUGUACAUGACUGAUAGAUCAAGGUUGGUCCAUAACGGAAGAAAAGACAAUGAAUGACCAAUCAGCCAUCUAAAUUGAAGAUCCAUGACUAAACCAAGAACGGCCAGAGACGUACCACUGUCUGUACAACUCAAAGAGUGAUUUUUGUAAUUCUACGCCAGUUUCCAAGCAAAAUAAAUCGGGAAAUAAUUAUCCGUUUGUAACAGUAAUCGGUCGCAAGAAAAAAUCCUAAAAAUGGCUGGCCUCACCAUACUGGUAUUUCUCUCUGUUGUAUUCAUCAGCUUAUCUGAGUUAGGUGACUGCCAAGAAGGUUCUGGGGAUGGCCCAGGAACGGAAUCCAUCUUCACUGAUGUCACUGGGAAUGCCACUGAUGUGCUGACUGACGGCCAUUCAAGUCCUUCAGAUAUUCAAGCAUUUGGUCUUGUUAUCACCAAUGACUUCACUGAAUUCACCCUGGAUGUUGACAACAUCAUCACCUACAAUGUUACCAUCAAGAACGCUGGAGGAACAGACAUCACAGCAUCUGGCUCUGACCUCUAUGACCUCCUCCUCAAGGUGAGCGACAAUUCCAAUCCAUUAGCAAGAGGGGCAACAACCCACGACAUUACCCCUCUGCUGACAUCAGCCACUAACAUCGACGUCGGGAUUGCAGCUGGAGAAACUAUUGUCAUCGAGAACGUCCACACCAUGAUCAAUGUUUCUUCCGAUAUGUGCUCAACGUAUCAAGGUGGCUAUGUCUGUGUCGAGAUUUCAAAGGCUUUGGGAGCUUCUUACACUGAUGUCAGUGGAACCAAUAACUGGUAUUGUCUUACAUUUGGUGAUGUAAGGCAGGGAUACACAGGAAUGCUGAAAUGUUCAGCAUGCGUUGCAAGGAUCAGCCUUAUUGCUCUUGUUGUCUCAUUGUUGCUGGCAUACUUCGCCUAUUUGUGGAUAAUACUGGACUUGCAGAGAUAAACUUAUGAGCAAUAUUUGAGCAGAAAUUAGGAUAGCCUUAAUUGUCAUUUUCAUUUGCCAAGUGACGUCCUUUAGUUGAAUUUUAAACUUCCCUGUGUGUUCAAAAUAUGGCAGCUAUUUGGAUGUUAGUCUGUUCCUCAAGAUGUCCCUACAUCCACCAUCAUGAGGCAAAAAGUAGGGUUCUUCAUACUACCAAUCCAGGUUUGCUAGAAGACUGAAUUUCAGUUGGCACAGUUCGCAUACAAAUUCAAUGCGUUUCCCUUGCAUGAACUACAUGUACAUGUAGUUGAACCCUGUAUGAAUCACUACAGGACAGCGUGCAAGAUAUGUUAGGGGUCAAAAGCAACUGUUCCAUGGUGUGCUCAUUUCAGAAAUACUCUGAAAUUCUCCAGAAGUUAGGAAUGGUCAAUGGAAAAUCGAAUAAUCUUGCAUAGUUAUCAUUCAUUUUUUUCAAAAUUCAAAGAGGUUAAGUUGGCAAUUAUGUCAUCAGUUUCUGGUAAAUUUCAUUUAGCUACUGAAAACUGGAUAUGUUUUAACACAUGUACUAGAUAAUAUUUGUUGAAUGAUUAUGUUGUUAUAUUCUUAAUAAAUAUAUCUAAAAAAAAAUUAAAAAGACUUUACACCUACAGUAAUUUUUACUUUACUUUUGGAUUUCAUUCCACUCGAUGAAGUAGAAAAUGGUGAAGUGAUCAAAAACUUAUUUUUUCAUAAUGCAGAGCUGGCAACCUUUUUUCAUUAGUCUGGCUUCAAUGCAGUGUGUAUUAUUCCAUGAUUUUUAUUUGUUAUUUUCGCUAUCACGUAGAGCUGCCUGUGUGUGUGACCAUAGACCUAUUGUAGGGACAGUGAUUUUCCAUUUUACCGGUAAAUAAAACGGAAAUUCCGUUUGGUUCUUAUACUUUUCAUGCAAAAAUUCAUGGAAUUCACCUUUGCAAAACGGAAUUCAGAUUUUUGCUGUGUACAUUAGCAGUGACAAAACGGAAUUUCCAUUUAUAGAUCAAGUUGAAAAGGAAUUACAGAUUUUUAGAAACGGGAAAGACCAUUUGUUGAAAUGGAAAAUCACUGUCUCUACUAUUGUUGUAGGGUCCAUAGUGUGACUGAAGGUACAAAACUAGUGUGAAGUCUUUCUCCACUGAGAGUAAAUGAUCCAGAUGUCAGGCAUAAACCUUUGGUGAAUGUUCAAUGAUACCCCUUUCAUAAACCCAAUUAUGCGGCUAAUAGCAGCAUAAUUUGGUCGUUGAAAUCGGAGGAGGACCAGAGUUAUCCGCAUUAUUUUGAUGCUGCUAUUAUCCGCAUAAUAGCGGCAUCGGGACCAGAUUUUGACUUUAUGAACACUUUCCAAAUAAUGCGGAUAUUUGCCACGGUGCGGUCACAAGGUCACCCUUUUCCAACACAACCGCAUCGAAGGGGGCGUGUGCAGUUGUCAUGACGAUUAUCCGCCUUUUUCAGGACGGGCGCUCGUAAAAAUAGUGCGGAUUAUUUUCGGAGUUUGUGAACGCAAUUUUUAUUGAAUUAUCCGCAUUACUCUUAGGCGGCUAAUUGGAGGAUGGGUUUAUGAAAGGGGUAUGAAUGAUCCAGAUGUCAGGCAUAAACCUUUUGUGAAUGUUCAAUUAGUCACAUCACCAAAGGACUACAUCACCUUGGUAAAACCUCAAACAUCUCUAUGGAGGUUCACAGACAAUAUGAUCAAAAUGUGACAUUUUUAUGAUAAGAAAAAGAGCAGAAAUGAAAUAAAAAGAUGGCGAGACGAUUGCGUGCUGCCGCCGCCACACCACCGUCGGGAUAUAAAAUCCACUUUAGCACCUGCAUCCAAACCAAGGCAUGUAUCAUUUAUUCAUGGGCAUGUAUUAUGUGCAAGGGAGAUGGAUAAAGAGAGAAGCCCACGGGUUGAUGCAGCCUACAUGGCUGUAUGUAGGUAUGAUGAGCCAUCUAUCCUUUCUAAACAUAACCCUGUGCAAGCUCAAGAGUAUGAAUAAAUUAUUGGGCACAUAUAUAUAUGAGCAAAGAACGUGAGAGCAGGAGAUGUACAUAACAUAGAGGAAAAGAUGGAAAUAGGAAAGGGAGAUAGCAAUAGGAGAUAUAUAAUUUGUAUCACAAAAUUUUGAAAUCAAAACAUUUUUGUAAAACAUAUGCCUAUUUCCAACUUGUCAAGCCUGUAUUGAGGCCUAUAAAAUCUACAGAUUAUUCAUAUUCAAAGUUGAAUUUAUCUUAAGGUUGAAGAGUAGGUCCUAAAAUCAUAAAACAAAUGUUGUGUGAAAACUGCAAUCGGAAAUCAAAAUUUACACAUCAAAAUGUCAAAAUUUAACAAAUUACACUCCCCAUAUUCAUAAAUUGUUUUUUCUCUAUGAUAGAAAACCACUUCUCAAGUAUAUAAAUGGAGGAAACUUUGAAGACACAUUGUAGUUCUUUGAUAUGCACUUUAAGAUAACUACAUGCUGAUUUAUUUUUAAAAAUAUGAAUAAAUAAAAAAUCAUAAACCAGAAGCAGGGUGCUAAAUCCGUCGAACAGUCAAAUUCACUGAUCUUACAAAGAAAUAAAUUGCUAUACGACAUGGUGAUACGGUCACUUCGACUCAAAUAAUACAACAAUAAACAUUGUAAGAUCUGUUAUCAGAAUAUUAGAAUAAAAAAGCCCAAAUAAUUCACAUUUAUCAGUUUAAAGGCUUUACUCAUCAAUAUUGUAUUAGGAUAUUUCAGCUCUGUAUUUUGGUUAUUAAAGGUGAAGUUCAACCCAGAAAAAUGUUGAUUUGCAUCAAUAGAGAAAAAUUAAACAGGCAUAUCGCUGAAAAUUUCAUCAAAAUCGUACAUAAAAUAAGAAAGUUACAGCAUUUUGAAGUUUCACUUAUUUUUCACAAAAACAGUGAUAUGCACAACUCAGUGAUAUGCAAAUGAGAGAGUCGAUGAUAUCUCUCACUCACUAUUUCUUUGUUUUAUAUUGUUUGAAUUAUACAAUAUUUCAUUUUUUACCAAUUUGACAAUAAUGACCAACUUGAGUUACUUGACUGAACAAAAAAAUGUUAAAACAAUGGGAGUUCCAAAUGUUCAGGGAGGAAUAAAACUUUAUUUCAAAUGACAAUGAGGAGAAAAUUUAAAUAUUUCAUAUUUCAUAUAAUGAAAUACAAAAGAAAUAGUGAGUGAGUGAUGUCAUCAGUCCACUCAUUUGCAUACCGACCAGGAAGAGCAUAUAACUGUUCUGUGAAACUAACCAAAACUUAAAAUGUAAUAACUUUCUUAUUUUAUAUCCGAUUUUGAUGAAAUUUUCAGCAUUAUGCUCAUUGGAUUUGUCUCUUUUUACUCAAUAUAACUUUUUUGUUGGGGUGGACUUGUCCUUUAAAUUGGCAGGAUGUUAAUGGCAAAAACAUAAUAAAAAGUAUUUUUAUCAAAGUGGUUCUCAAAACUAAACUUCCACAUUAUGUGUUAGGAUAGUACUGGGAGAGCUCAAGGUACAUGUAUAUUGAUGUCCAAAGUCCUUAAAAAUAGUUUGUAAAAUAAUGUGCAUGUGUAGUCAGCUACAUGUAAUAGGCAAACAAUAUUUUUCAAGGCUAUCUUUCCCUUUUUCUAUUCAUUACAAAUUCAAAUUUUGCAUGACAAGCAGAGCAAUCCAUCAGGUUCAUCCCGCAUGAAUUUAUAAGGCUCCCUGCAGAAAUAAAAGAUCAGGCUUUCUCGGGUAAUGGGAACAGGUUGAUGAUGCCAGCAGGACACACCCAAACACAUACCAAUUGCCAUUGAGCGAGUAUCAGACCCCAUUCUCAUUUACAGUCCUAAAACUAUUAACAUGUAUAAUGUAUGGGAAUGCUCGAAUCAAUCUUGGAAGCGAUCUUUCAUAACAGUUUGGAAACCUACCUCGCGAUGUGGUUUUAAAGACCGUAGUUCUGAAUACCAGUUCAGGAGAUGGUCAUGAGUAGGCUACACUAGCAAAGUGAUCUUCUAAAUUGGUUCCCUAAAUUGGUUUUAAAGGGAAACCAAUUCAAGACAUUAUACUGGGAAUGGGGUCUGAGGUUCCAUGCAGAAAUAAUAGACCCGGCUACGUCAGGUAAUGGAAACAGGGUCUAGAUGCCAGUAGGGAAAUUGACAAUAGCUUUGAUCAUGGACCUGAUGUCUGUAUUAAGGACAUCAGGAAACCAGGUGUCAUCCUGUUACUAAAAUUAACUCUCAAGCACAAACUAGAAAUAAUACCUGUAUAAUCUUAUCUACAAUCUAGUCUGCCAACGCAGACGCGAUACAUAUCUAUCCACAUGGAACAAUAACUAUCGUGUACGGGCACUUGAAAUCUAUGUGUAGUUUUAUGGACGUAGCUUCGUUGGGCUAAUGCUUCUACUACUGUUAGGACUACUUUAAUACACUAUACAGUAUACUACAACAAAUACUUAUUCUAAUUUUGUUACUACUUCUACUACUAAAUGAACAAAUAACAACACUCCAUUACCAAAUAAAUCUAUUACAAUCUCUAUACAUACAAUUAUGAAGGAUCUGGGAUAAAAUUAAUUACCCUAACUUUUUUAGAUGAGAGACCAGCUGAACACUGCUAUCAGAGCAUUCCCAGAAUAAGAAUGAGACUGACCAUGUAUGUGUACAUACAAUCAUACAUAUACUACCACAAAACUUUCACCAACAUGCAAAUAAUUUGAAUGUAGUCUAUAUCACUACAUGUACGUAAAGUAAGGCCUUUUUUGUCAGAAACAGCUUUAUUUGAUCGUGGAGCUAUUAUUUGAAGAAAAGAAAAUCCC